AUGGCAGAUGAGAUCACGAUAGCGUCUGAAGGGCAGGAUAACGAGAAUGCAGUACCAGAAAGCCCACUACUCACUAAUAAGGAAGCUAAAUCGAAGCUGAGGGACAAGUAUAGCAAAGAGAUAGACAAGCUGCAUAGAAACUUUAAAAAAGAUUAUUACCAGAAUUACAAGGACCCCGAAGAAAACGACAGUCAAAUCAUCGAUCUAUCCCAGCUCCAGGACCCGCCUGAUGACUUCAAGAUCACGAAUCUCGAUGCUAGACACCCCGAAAUGGCUGACGGGUUUGCCCUGGUCGUACACCAUUUCUGGAAUAUCAAUCCGCAGAUAUUCCCGAGAAAUGCGAGGGAUAGAAUUACACUAUUCAGAAAACUAGCCUACAAUCAAGAUGAGCAAUAUAGGCCUCGAGAUCUUAGGGAGCUUUCUGACUUAUCACGCGAUGCAGGGCCGCGGUUGUUGAAACCAGAGAUUCUUCGCCGACUUGGAAAGCUGCCUAUUAGUCGUCAUUAUCCAGAGUUCAAAGAAGAAGCAGAUUGGGAAGAACAACGAACCCGCCCUAUACAUCUUCUUCAGCAUGAAGCUUUGGGAGAAAAUGCCGGGGACGGAGGUGGAGAUGGGCCUGAUGCUCUUGCUUUGGAAGAAACCCCACCUAAUUUGGAUCUCAUUCGAGAAUGUCUUGAAAGACUGUUAAUUCAAUUGAGGUAUCGACAGCUGGAAGUGGUAGAUGCGAAACGAGGAGAGGAGUUAUUCCAUGCCUUGAUUGAUACAUCCGAGAGCAGUCGGAGGAAACACUUGCCCCUACGGAAGGUACCGUUGACACUUGACAAUAGCCACAACGUGGAAAAGGCUUUCGGUGGGUUCACUCAACCAGAAUAUCCAUCUCGAGAAAGAGGCCCUGCUUGUACCGAAUUUGAAUCGGCCAGUAACUCGAAAUUUGACUGUUUGAUGAUGGUUGGCAAAUUGCUUGAUGCUGGAAUCACGAAAAUAGAUGUUGACCACCUCCACUCUCAUAGCGGGCAGGAGACUAAUGCUCAUAGAAAUUUUUUGAACAUGAUACAAGCUGACUGGAAACAAGGAAACGGUACUAGAAGCGACGAGGCAAGACGGUAUUUCCACCGCCUGUUAAAUGAUCUCCAUGCCAAAGACUUCAGGGAUCUUGUAUUCAAAUCAACUCUUUUGCGCGCACAAUUCAAUCACACUGUCUCUCGCACAAUCCAGUGUGACAAUGAUCACGAUAUGCCAAUUUCAUCCAAUACAGCGGCACCCUCACUAAUUAUCUUUGAUGGGCCAUAUAUCAAAGAAGACGGUACAGGUGUUACCAUGCAGGAGGUUUUACAAACGUCCUUCCCGCAACAGGAACCCCCUCAGGGAUAUGGCAAGAUGAAGGAUCAUGCUUGUACGGUCAAGGCCUGCGAAGGAAACCCCAAGAAGACAAUUAUCCGCCGUUCCAUGCCGUUACGCAUGGCAGUCAGCUUGUCUUCUCAGGUAUCACCCUUAGAACAUACCAGCAAUGAUAUAAGGGUCAAGUUCCAUAAUGAUGCCAGAGGAGGUGCGGAGGACGUUGCAGUCUACCGUUGGAUUGGAGGGGUAUACGCUAAUACGCAAAUUGAAGAGUCAAUGACACGUUAUCGAGUUUAUUGGACGGACUCACUGCGAGGAGGCAAACCGAGUGAAACUGUUUCAAUUUAUGACCCAGUUCAAGCUGGUGGACAGGUGAUUGAGGGGGUCUUCCCAGCUUCCCAGAAUGAACCUAUUCCGGCAGGCUGGUGGCAGGAUAAAUUCAAGCCAGUUCUAUUCUAUGAACGUGUAUUCAAUCCUGACUUGCUGGAUAUUACCCUGGCAGCCGCUAUACUCGGCGAUAUGAAGCAUACGUUGGAUAACAGUCAAUAUAUUCUGCAACUUCACGAUCCCCAGUGGAACCUUUCUCAGCCACCUGAUGACCGGUCUGUGGAUUAUGGUGCCUCAAAUCCCCCUCGUCCCAUUACACCUCCUACUUCUGGUAAUCCGUCUGGAUCUUUAGUUCCUCAAAGUAUUGGAGGAUACACAGGUGCAGCCUUUGAAACACAGCCGAAAAAGCUGGACUCCAGAGAUGUUCAAAUGCAGGAUGGUAAUGAUUACAACGAACCAUCACAGUCGCGUAGUGAUUUCUCUCAGAAUAUUGGAAAGCUCGGGGUUGGGGUAACUGGAUACAAUUUAAACCAGAGCGUCCGCUCAAUGCCUCCACCAGCCCAACCUCCACCAGACAAUCACGGAAUGUUUCGUGCAUUCAACAGCGACAUGAGUCAAGUAGCACCUGAUCGACCUAGAACCCUACUUACACAGCACUAUAACCAAACAGCAACUACAAAUACCUCCAUCUCGAACUUUGCUCAACGAGAUCUUGGACAACGUCCACAGUUCAUUCCUGUGCAAUCGUCUAACGUCCAAGGCUCGAAUUUUGCUCCUCAAAACAUACAGACCAAUACUCAAUACAAACCCAUAGGGUUCGGAAACGCUAAUAUGGGUCUCUCUCAGCCAAUAAACACUUUGAACCGGGCAGGAAACUCGAAUAUUGGCAACGGAUACCUUAGUCCUGCGCUAGACAUAGACUACAACGAGUAUCUGCGAAUGACACCCCAAAUGAGUAAUAUGAACUUACCGUUACCGGAUACACAAGAGGACGUCGGAGCACAAGCUCCUACUGUCGAAAAGCCAGAUCCUUUAUUUGAUUUUGAUGACAUUAUGGUGGAAAAUCCACAAUAG